AUGGCCGAUGUAAUUGUUCAAACCAUUCAUAGCGAAAGUUACGAGAUACGAAAAUCGGUGAUAACCUGCAUAACAGAGAUGGUUAUUCAAAAGUAUACUGGACCGAUGUCUAGUACAGAGAAUGCGGAAGAAACAAAGGACAAAUACCUAAGUGAAAUAUUAUUCCGCAUAAUGGACUGUAAUCCAUUUGUUCGUAACCACACGAUUCAUAUGUGGGAACGACUGGUAGAAAUCCGAGCAGUUCCAAAACGUUUUCACCUUGCAGUAACAAAUGCCAUCCUCGGGCGAUUGGAAGAUCGAAAUUAUCUUGUCAGAGAUUCCGCACUUCAGGUCAUUGCUUGUAUUUUGCGAAAAAACUGGUUUGGACAUGUUUUGAAUUCCUCCCUUGUUCGUGAUAAGCUGGAGGAAUCUAAAAUAACCGCAGCAAAGAUGUUUGACUCGGAUGAUGUGUAUAGAAAAGGAUUGGCUGAAUUGAAAAGUACAUGCCGUCCUGUUGAGGCUCAAACAAACGACUUCAUUCGUGAUUCAGAAGCAAACACAACAAAUGUUAUUCAGUUGUCUGAAGAGCAGAGUUCCAUGUUAAAUCGAGUGAUUUUUUACGAAAAAGCCCUUGAAUUUGCUGAAUUGAUCAAGAAAGCCUUGGAGCACGCAACAACAUUGUUGGAUAGUCGCACAGAACGCGAUGCUAUAGAGGCCAUUAAGCUUGUUGUUGCAUGUAACGAGUAUCGCAUUGAGGGUUCAGAGAAGGCAUUUCUUCGUGUGUUAGUUAUGAUAUUUGAAGGUGAAAUUAAAAUACAAUGCGCCGUACGUGAUGCCUUUCUAGAGGUCGUGUUUACUGCAUAUGCGAGAACCUCAACCUCAUCUUUGGUGCGAAAUACGGCAAGUGCCCACAAGUUGAUUGGGUUUUUGCGUGGGGCCACAGAAGGUGAUGUCAGUGCCGUUGAUCGCAUUUUUGGGUUAAUGAAAUGCAAUCCCUCCUUUUCUCGGCUAAUAUCAGGUCAAUUUAUGGAUGCCGUAUGGGGUAUUGCAGAAGGGUCACUGGAUCAUGAUGUCUCAAUUACGGAUAGACGCACAGCUAUGCGGCUAUUUGGCCUUUUAUGCAAGCAUGAUUGGCGAGAGCUUUCUGCAAGAAAAGAGAGUAUUGUGGAGUUUUUGCGCUCAGAUGUCGUAAGAGACAAUGUCCUCCUCGCGUAUUGCUUAACGGCUUUGGCGAGUGAAUACCAAAACCCACAUUAUCAACCGAUACCUGUGAAGAUUGAACCAAGUGAAAAUGUUACAUUGCAACAACUAGUGAUUCAUCUUUGUCGACGCACCUCGACACCAUCCUCGUGGCUGAUUCUCGCGGAUGCGGCGGUGAACGCCGUUCACAGCCUAUGCGAAUCCCCUGUGCUAAUAUAUAAUUAUGUCUUGGAUUAUGUUGUUCGCCGAAUUGAAACCGAUUCAAACAGUCUGACGCAACUGUUCUUUUUAUUGGGGCGAACCGCUCUGAAACAACUCGUCGCUGUUGAUUGUGCGGAGCGACAACAACUAAAACGACUCGAUGCAGAGGCCAUGGCCCAGAAGCCAUUAAGCGACAUCACCAGUAGUGCCAAUGCGGACGUUAUGCACAAAGAACUUGGAUUGGGGUCUCAUGAAUACAAGAGACAUGCUAUUCAGGAGCUGGCGCAGCGGCGCAAGAUUGCCAUUAUGUCAGAGGGAUCCGUGUGGCAUCGAUAUUCCAAGUAUGUUGUUAAGGCUUGUCAGGAAAAACCUGAGCGUUUUGAGGAGAAGCCACUGGAGCGAGUAUGUGCCGUGAUGGCGCUGUCUGAAUUGAUGGUUGUAAGUGAUGGGUUCUGUGAACAAAACCUGGAUCUGCUCUUUGCGAUCGUCUCUGAAAAACGUGAGUCCUGGGUGGUAAAGACGAAUGCUGUGAUCGCCUUGGGUGAUUUGGCUUGCGUCCAUCCAAAUCUGCUUGCCCCGUACCUGAAAGUACCCACGACCGGAUUUUUUAAACUGCUUGCCGAUGAUGACUUGCGGGUUCGAGCCGUGACAAUCCAAGUGUGUUCUCACCUCGUCCUUGGUGAGAUGCUGCGUAUCAGGGAUCAUUUGUAUACUAUUGUGAAACUCGUCGCGGAUCCAGAUGAGACAAUUGCUAACAAUGCCUUACUAUUUGUUCAGAACCUGGCCAUGAAGGAAAAGGAAAAGACGGGAAAUUUGAUUCCUCCACUUGUUGCGCAACUGAGCCAGUCUAUACCGCCUGAUCGAUUUCAACUGGCCGUGCGAUCCCUGCUUGAACGGGUAGAAGGGGACAAGCCGACGGAGUCCCUCAUUGACCGAUUGUGUCAGCGCUUUGAGCCUUAUUCCGAGCGCGGUAAACGAAGGCGUCAGAUGGCGCGUAAUUUGGCCUUUUGCCUUCAUGAACUCACUUAUUCGACAGAGCGAUCUAUUAAAAAAAUCACCUCCGAGGCAUGCUACCAGCAGUACAAACAAUGGCUACGGGAUGAAGUUGUUCUAGACUACUUCAAGAACAUUGCAGUAAAAGCCAAACGAGUUGGGCAACGCGUUGGAAAUGAGCGUAGAGAUAAGGCCGCAAUUGAAGAGUGGGAGGCAAGAAUGCAAGCGGACUCUCGUAGUUUGGAGAACGGCUAUGAGGAAACGCGUUCUGUCGCUUCUAAUAGAGACAGGGACGAAGCUGAAGCAACGCCGUGA